AUGGAUUUGUUGUAUGUGUGUGCCUUCAGGGUUGGCCUCCAGCAUCACCCUUACAGAUUGCUUCUGUUUCGCUCACAACAGAUUCCAACUAAGACAGUAUCACAGUGUGUUGAAUAUUAUUUUACCUGGAAGAAGAAGAAGAGAUUUGGCCACAGAACUCUUCUUAUUACCAGAGGAAAGACCAUAAGGCUACUACAGGAUCUGGAGGAGCCUGAAGAGAAGACCGUUUGCAGCCCCAGGAAGAGGCGCCGUGUUCUGCCCUGUGAGAACCUAACACCGAAGAGGCAGAACCGGUGCCAGGCUCCAAGCCAGCCCAGCGGCACCGGUGAGGGGAGUGGAUUUUCCUGCCCUGAAUGCCACAGGCUCUUUAACACCAUCCAGGGCAGGAACUCCCAUAUGAAGAUCCACCGCCGCCAGCAAAAACCACCAGUCCUGGGCUGAGCUCUUCCACCAGCACUACAAUACCACUGGAGUGCAGUAGCCAUGUUGUAGUUUUAGGUCCCCUCCCAUCAUUAUUUCCCUAGUUGUUCUUGUUGUUAUUGUGGUUGAU